AUGCCUACAAGGCAUAACAACCACAACCACGACCACCAUCACAACCACCUCCAUGCACGAGCAACACCAACGCGCUCAAAUCUUGGCCCACUAACAACGACCUUCACACCACCAGCGCAUUGUACCCGCCCCGUCGUUGGCUGUACGACAUGUAGCAGCGCGUGGGCAGCUCAAUCAUGCUUUAGCUACAAUCCCACUUCCAAAGGCGCCAUGGAUGAUACAGCAUGCUGGCCAAAAGCAACAUCAUAUCCACGUGCUCCUCCGCUCGCAGGCCUAGGCUUUUAUUCCCCCGGUCUACUCUGCCCAACUGGCUACACAAGCGCAUGCUCAGCUGCAUCUCGAGCGCCAGGAGACGACUUACGGACGGUAAUAGAUAACAACGGGCCUGUCUCCAAUUCCUUCCAAUUCCCACUGAUAGCAGGCGAAACGGCUGUAGGUUGUUGCCCGACUGGAUUCACCUGUACGCCAUACACACAGUACGGAUGGCAGACAUGUCACGCCGUUAUAAGCUCAACACGCCUCGACGCCUUCGCCUGCGAUGGCGGUACAUCUCGGGAUAUGUCAAGCUUCAGUCUCCCAUUCCAAGUCGGCGCAAAAACAAACGCCGUGACGGUUUCCACCGUGGAUAUCUGGGCGCCACUGAUCCAGCUAAACUGGCAAAAGACCGACCGAUCCACAUCAGGAACUGCUUCUAGCACUGAAACAUCCGCUGCAAGCGCGAACUCCGACGCACCAUUUAGCCUAGCUUCCAAAGCUGCCACUGGU